UAAAAACUGGGACUCUGGUGAUGGUGUGUGCACGGCUCCACCACAGCUUCAUCGCCACCGCCACCACCGCCACCACCGCCACCGUUCCCGCUCGCGGCCGCUGCGGCCGAGCUCGCACUCCGGCACCCCGCUUCGGUGCCUUCUUCUCCUCCCUCGUUUCGAGCUCUAGAGAUCGCGGGGAAAUGGGCGACGACGGUCCGUCGAAGGGUUCGGAGGUGGUCGUCGACGAUCGGCAUUCGCUUGAUCGGAAGAUCGACGCGAUCCGGAAGGCCGGGCCUCAGAAGCUCCAGGUGAUUGCAGAUUUUGAUGCGACACUGACUAGGUACUGGAUUAAUGGCCGCAGGGGCCAAAGCAGUCAUGGCCUUUUGCAACAGGGGAAUCCCGAAUACGAUGCUAAGAGGCAGCAACUAUAUGAAUAUUACCAUCCGCUAGAGUUCUCUCCAACAAUUCUGAUUGAUGAAAAGACAAAGCUCAUGGAAGAGUGGUGGGAGAAGACUCAUGCUCUUCUUGUUGAGGGUGGCCUCUCAUAUGAUGAUAUAAAGAAGUCCGUCGCUAGCGCUAACAUUGCUUUUAGGGAGGGUGUAGUGGAACUCUUCGAGUUUUUGGAGGAAAGAGGCAUUCCCAUCCUUAUAUUUUCUGCAGGGCUGGCAGAUAUUAUAGAGGAGGUCUUGAGGCAGAAGCUCCACAGAUCUUUCAGAAACAUUAGGAUUGUCUCAAACCGGAUGGAGUUUGACAAUGAUGGUCGCCUUAUAUCUUUCAAAGGGAGGACAAUUCACAGUCUGAACAAAAAUGAGCAUGCACUUGACAUGGCUGCUCCGCUUCACGAGCGAUUAGGGGAUGCUAAUGGACCAAUUGAUGAUAGUGUCUCAGUGAAGAUGAGAACCAAUGUCUUGCUGCUCGGGGACCAUAUUGGGGACUUGGGGAUGUCUGAUGGUCUGAACUAUGAAACGCGAAUAUCACUGGGAUUCUUGAAUGACAAUAUUGAUGGUUCCAUCGAUAGCUACCGCAAAGCAUUUGAUGUGGUUUAUCUGAAUGAUUUUCCCAUGUGGGGGGUGAUGGAGCUUGCCACUCAGCUUCUUCCAGCUGAAGCUACUUGACUACAGCUGACCCUUUUGGUUAAAUUAUUUGGGCGUUUAACUUUGAGGCGGAAAUUUGUCAUGUAAGAUGAUUAUUGGACCCAGUAGAAAGAUGAGAUUGUAUCUUCUGCUGCUGAAUUACAGGGCUCGCCUCCACGUGAAUCCUGAGAUGAAUCGUGAAGGUGACCUGACGAGAUUUAAUUGGUAGACCCUAUGCCAUGUCGAACGUUGGUAAUGUAGUGACACAUCGGUAUUCUUGGUCCUAAGUCCUUAAAAUUCUAUGCGUACAGAGUCUUCACGCUCUGCCUCUUUAAUUCUUU